AUGGGUGCGAGCAAUGACGGGCAGCCUUCGGGCGGCCAUGUCUCCGGCCAGUCCAAUAACCCCACGAGCCGCCCUGCCCAUGCCCUCACGUAUGAGCAACUGGCCAGCGAGCUGAAUGCCGACGUUCUGUCUGGACUGACAGCGAGCGAGGCCAAGGCCCGGCUAGAGCAGUAUGGGCGGAACGAUCUGGGCGAGGAGGAGGGUGUUCAGCCCCUCAAGAUUAUCAUCGCCCAGAUCGCCAAUGCCAUGACAUUGGUUCUUAUCCUCGCCAUGGCCGUUAGCUUCGGCAUCCAGUCCUGGAUCGAGGGCGGCGUCGUUGCCGCCGUCAUCCUUCUCAACGUCGUCGUCGGUUUCUUCCAGGAGUACUCGGCCGAGAAGACCAUGGAUUCCUUGCGCUCGCUCAGUUCCCCCACGGCCACCGUCGUCCGUGGCGGCGAAGCCAUGGUAGUUCCUUCCGGCGAAGUCGUUCCUGGAGAUUUGAUCGAGGUUAAGAUGGGUGACACCAUCCCCGCCGAUAUCAGACUCAUCGAGGCCAAGAACUUUGAAACCGACGAAGCCCUCUUGACUGGCGAAUCCCUGCCCGUGCGGAAGCGCGAGCAUGCGACCUUCGACGACAACACCGGCCCCGGCGACCGGCUCAACGUUGCCUACAGCAGUUCGACCGUAACCAAAGGCCGCGCCAAGGGCAUUGUCUUCGCGACCGCUACCUUCACCGAGAUCGGCGCCAUCGCCUCGGCCCUCAACCAAAAGGAACGGCGCGUGCGCCCUGUCAAGCGCAAGCCGAAUGGCAAAGCUGGACCCCACCGCUAUCUCGAAGCCUACACUCUCACUCUCGGCGAUGCCCUCGGUCGUUUCCUGGGCGUCAACGUCGGCACGCCGCUGCAGCGCAAGCUCAGCAAACUGGCCAUGCUCCUGUUCGGUGUCGCCGUCGUCUGCGCCAUCAUCGUUCUGGGUGCCAACAAAUUCCACACCUCGCAGGCAGUCAUCAUCUACGCCGUGGCCACUGGUCUUUCCAUGAUCCCCGCCUCCCUCGUCGUCGUCCUUACCAUUACCAUGGCAGCCGGUACUAAGCGCAUGGUGCAACGCAACGUCAUUGUCCGCAACCUCAAGAGUCUGGAGGCUCUCGGCGCCGUGACCGACAUCUGCAGCGACAAGACCGGCACCCUCACGCAGGGUAAGAUGGUUGCCCGUGGCGCAUGGAUUCCCGGUAUUGGCACGUACACUGUCGAGCUCACCUCCAGCGAACCGUUCAACCCGACCAAGGGAGAUAUCCGCUUCGAUACCCGUGAGCCUCACGAGAUCAACUUUCGCCCGCGCUCCGACAAGGAAGAGGAGACAGCCGGUGAAAAGGCCCCCGUAUCCUCGCCUGCCGAUCUGCUCGCGUCCAGCAAAUCCCGCCUGCAGGAGUUUCUCACCGUUGCCUCGCUCGCCAACGUUGCCACCGUCUUCGAGAAGGAGGGUACCUGGGUUGCCCGCGGUGACCCUACCGAGAUCGCCAUCCAGGUUUUUGCCAGCCGUUUUGGCAAGAACAGGUUGGACGUCAUGAAGGAGACCGAAGGUAACACCCCGGAGUGGCUGGAGGUGGCCGAAUUCCCGUUCGACAGCGACGUCAAGCGCAUGAGCGUCAUCAUGAAGCACAACACCACUGGAGAUCAUUUCGCUUUCACCAAGGGUGCCGUGGAGCGUGUCAUCCGGGUGUGCACCAAGUACUGCACCGAGGACGUGCCCAAGGGCGAGGUCGCCGAAGCCGAGAUGACGGACGAGUUCCGGGACCAUAUUCUGUCCAACAUGGAGGUCUUCGCCGGUCUUGGUUUGCGUGUGCUGGCGCUCGCGAGCAGGAAGCUGGACCCGGCCAUGGGUGCCAACGAGGAUACCGACCGCAACGAGAUCGAGAAGGACCUGACCUUCCUCGGCUUGAUUGGACUCUACGACCCUCCCCGCCCCGAGUCGGCCCCGGCCGUGCGCGAGUGCCACGAGGCCGGCAUUUCCGUUCACAUGCUCACUGGCGACCACCCAGAGACGGCCAAGGCGAUCGCUAUCGAGGUGGGCAUCCUGCCUAAGGCCAUGAACCGGGUCAGUGCCGAUAUCGCCAGCGCCAUGGUCAUGACUGCCGCGCAGUUCGACGGGCUUUCUGAUGCGCAGGUUGACGAGCUCCCGGUCUUGCCUCUGGUCAUUGCACGGUGCGCCCCGAGCACCAAGGUCCGCAUGAUUGACGCGCUCCACCGCCGCAACAAAUUUGUUGCCAUGACUGGCGAUGGCGUGAACGAUUCCCCUUCCCUGCGGCGCGCGGACGUCGGCAUUGCCAUGGGCCAAUCCGGCUCCGACGUAGCCAAGGACGCCUCCGACAUUGUGUUGACCGACGACAACUUCGCUUCCAUCGUGGCUGCUAUUGAAGAAGGCCGCCGCAUUUUCGACAACAUCCAAAAGUUCGUCCUGCACGUCCUGGCUGAAAACCUGGCCCAAGCCGGUACCCUCCUCGUGGGGCUCGUCUUCAAGGAUGCCUCCUCGCUCUCCGUCUUCCCCCUCGCCCCUGUCGAAAUUGUCUGGAUCAUCAUGAUUACAUCCGGUCUGCCCGAUAUGGGUCUGGGCUUCGAGCGCGCCGUCCCUGACAUCAUGCGUCGCCCGCCGCACUCGCUCAAGAUGGGCAUCUUCACCUUCGAAUUCCUCGUUGACAUGGUUGUCUACGGCUUGUGGGUGGCCGCGCUGUGCCUGGCCAGCUUCUCGCUGCGCGUCUACGCCUGGGGCAACGGCAACCUGGGCGAGAACUGCAACGACUACUACAGCGCUGAGUGCGACACGGUCUUCCGCGCCCGCGCCACCACCUUCGCUUGCCUCACCUGGUUCUCCCUCUUCCUCGCCUGGGAGGUCGUCGACAUGCGCCGCUCCUUCUUCCGCAUGCAGCCCGGCAGCAAGCGCUAUUUCACCCAGUGGUUCCACGACGUCUGGCGCAACAAGUUCCUCUUCUGGGCCAUCGUGUUCGGCUUCGUCUCGCUCUUCCCCACCCUCUACAUCCCCGUCAUCAACCACGCCGUCUUCAAGCACACCGGCAUCAGCUGGGAGUGGGGCAUUGUGUUUAUCGCUGCGGGGCUGUUCUUUGCCGGUGUCGAGGCUUGGAAAUGGGCCAAGCGCGUGUAUUUCAGGAGAAAAGCGCGCAAAUCGACGGGUAGAGCAUGGAAGGACAUGGAUAUCGAAGAGCGUGUGUUUGGCGACUAUCUUAGUGGGUAUGAGAGCUCGGAGGCCAUGGUCGCUGCCAACGGGCGCGAUUGA